GAUUCCUAAAUUUUAUUCUCUCUCUUCCUAAAUUCAUUUUCCCUCCCCUAAAUUUCUUUCUCCCUCUUCCUAAUUUCUCUUUUCCCUUCUCUAAAAAACCCUCUCUCGUCGAUUAAGGUCAGAAGAAAAAAUUUCGCCGCUUCGCCUUACCUUCAUGCCUGGAGCCAGAGCCGUCGAUCCUCGUUGCUCCUAUCUUCUUCGUCGCCAUGGAGAUACCUCGACACCGGGCAGUGGUCUUCUGAUCCCCAACAUCACAACCCGAAUCUCUACUGCCUCUAAUUUACAGCCUACAGGUACUCAUAAAAUGGAUCCAGACCCCAGAAAACAUGUUUCAUCUUUCAGCUUCAAUAAUGAUACAUAAAAGGAUAGUAUGUAGUUCUAUACAACUAUGUUGUAGUCAAUAUUAAUUAAUUACUCUGAACAUUGCAUUAUUGAACUUAGCAUGAUGAUCAUGGCGGCACUACUACAGAGUCACUAUUUUACAGCGCCUAAUAGACAUCAAAGAAAUAAGAACAGCUGUC